GUUUCUCAUCCACAUCUCUAUUACUCUCUCUCUCUCUCUCUUUCUCUGAAAGUUUUCUUUUCUUUAUCUUUAAGAAUUUGCUUGGUUUCAUUUAUUUUCUUAUGUAUGGCUUUUAUUCAAUCUUCUAGCUUUGUUGUUGUAGCAGCUCUUGUUUUGUUUUUUUUACCUUGAAAUAGUCUUUCUGUUUUCCAAGCAUGAAGAAGAUGGGAAACUGUAAACUCAUAGUCUUCAGCCUUAAUUAAUCUUCUUUUCAAAUCUCUCUAGGGUUGUAUGAAUUAUAUGUAAUACUAUACAUAUAAUUAAAGUUAUAUUGGUUUUCACUUCUCUUCACCAAUGAAAAGGCUGAUCUGAUCUGAAAUGAGUCUACUGAAUGAUGAGUGAAUCUUGAAUUUUGUUUCCCCAAAACCAAAAAAGUUGAAAAUUUUAGUAUAGAAUGAUUAAGGGCAUGGUGGUUGAUGAGAGCAUGUCAAAUUUAACCUCAGCAUCUAAUGAAGCAAGUAUUUCUUCAACUAGUAACAAUCCAGCCCAACCAGCUGCCAAGAAGAAGAGAAAUUUACCAGGAAAUCCAGACCCUGAGGCAGAGGUGGUGGCUUUGUCACCAAGAACACUAUUGGCAACAAACAGGUUUGUGUGUGAGAUCUGCAACAAAGGGUUCCAAAGGGACCAGAAUCUUCAGCUGCACAGGAGAGGUCACAAUCUGCCAUGGAAGCUGAAGCAAAGGAACAAGCAAGAAGUGAUAAAGAAGAAGGUGUAUGUGUGCCCAGAGACCUCAUGUGUCCACCAUGACCCUUCAAGGGCCCUUGGGGACCUCACUGGCAUCAAGAAGCACUACUCAAGAAAGCAUGGUGAGAAGAAAUGGAAGUGUGAUAAGUGCUCCAAGAGAUAUGCUGUUCAAUCUGAUUGGAAAGCCCACUCCAAGAUUUGUGGCACUAGAGAAUAUAGAUGUGAUUGUGGAACCCUUUUCUCUAGGAGGGACAGCUUCAUUACUCACAGGGCCUUUUGUGAUGCCUUAGCAGAAGAGAGUGUGAGAGCGAUAAGUGCACCUACUAAUAAUCCUCUCCUUUCUUCCCAUAUUGCCCUCCAACAACCCUUCCCAGUACUGAAGCAAGAACCGCCGCCGCUCCCAAGCUUCCGCCCGCUCCGGGCGGCGGCGCAGCCUGAGCUACCACCGUGGCUAGCCUGCCCGCCGCAGGCGGCGGGGCCGUCAUCCGCCGCGGCCGACCUCUCCGCGCAGCUCUUCGGCAAUAUCCACGAAAACCCUAACAUGAGCGCCACGGCGUUGCUCCAAAAGGCCGCGCAAAUGGGGGUGACAAGUAGCACGAACAAUAAUCUGGUUGGUGCCGCUAGCGGUAACGUUAUCGGGCCCCACCAAGGGCCCGUUCACAUGAGCGCACCUGCUGGCGGUUUCUUCAGUGAAGAGCUGGCUUUGGCUUCUUUCGGAGUACCAAACAAACCCCAAACCCAUCACGCUAAUCUCACCUCGGGUUGCAUGGAAACCUCCCUCACCGCCCCUCCCCCUCAUCGUAACAUGAUCAUCAACUCCGCUAGCACCCGAGAUUUCUUAACCCUCGGCGCAUUUCCCCAUCACCAAAGGGAUACCUUUCUCAACAUGGCUUCCCUUGAUCACAUGCCCCCACCUUCUUCUUCUUCCUCCUCCUAUGACCACCAUAACCUUAACCAAAACCAAAACCAAAACCUAAACCAAAACCACAACCAAAACCAACCUCCAUGGCUAAACUAGCUUCUAGCUUGGUAUGCUUUUUGAUUGUUUCUCUAAAGAUAUGGGCAUUAUAUUGGACCUUCUUAUAUUAGACUCUAUUAUUUUAUUUAUCUUACGGCUCUAUCUAGCUAUUUUAGCUGCAUAAACCAGUAACUCUACGUAGAUGUGGCCAUGAAGAAGACAGGCAAAGUUCGUAAGGACAGCUCAGGUGGUAAGAGUGCUCUACCUACAACUGAGAGCUGGGCAAGGAGAAAACCUCGUUAAAAGGGAAGAAGACAGGCAAAGAGGAGAGUACAGUGCAUGCAAAUUGAUUACCAGCGAGCCAAUGGUUUUUUUUUUUUUUUCUUGCUCUUAUUUAUACUUUUUGGUUUAUAAUUAAUUAAGUGCACUUGUUAUGGGAGGGAGCUAAGCAACCUUCAUAUUCUUCCUAAUUCUGCUGCAUGCUGUCGUGUAUUUAAUACUUAUCGUAAAUUUUCUUCUUUUUCUCA